AUGCCAAUCUCCGAAAUAGGUCUCCUGAAGCUAAAACCAUCCUACACAAUCAAAGACCCGGAGCUUCAAACCCGACUUACAGAAGUCCAAAACGGCCUUCAUGAAUUCACCUACCACAAAUUUUACUUUUUUGAACAAGUCGAGGAUCCAUCUUUCAUUUACCUCUUAGGACACUCGUGGAAGGAACGGGUGAAGGUUAUGUCGAAGUAUUUUGAGUUUCAGUGGAUGGCGCAUUACGAUUUUUUAAUUGAGGAUCUAAAUCUCGAUCUGGAUCUGGAUAUUGGCCAAGGUGUUUUGGAAGUUAUGAGGUUUUCUAUGGGUGAGGAUGAGAAGGAGAGCUUCGCUGAUAAAGUUACUAAGGUGCGUUCUGGGUUUGAUGGUGCUACUGAUGCGAAAGUUCUGAAUGGUUGGAAGGUGGAUGUGAAUCGUGAUAAGGAGGAGUAUGUUGAACUUGUUGCGUGGAGGGAUCUUCGAGCGCGAGAAGAGUUUGUUAACGUGAAAGGUUAUGAUUUGGAGAUAUUGAAGGGUUAUGCUGAAUUCGUGGAUGCUCAAUUUAUCAAACGGGUCCUAUGA